AUGACAGUGACUACUCUGGCGUUGAACCAUCUUACCAAGUCUCUCAGUCUAGAUAACCUGAAGCAUUGUCUCUUGGUCAUCGAUGGGCUUGAGUAUGGCAGUACAUACACAUUCUUCACUAACAGCUUGACGGAGCACGUCGAGAUCCACCACCUGCUUCCUCUGCAUGUCCCUCUGGCUGGUGCCCCUCACUCUCAAAAAGACUCAAUCCCUUCACCGACUUUUACAGCCUGCCGCUACAAGUGGUCCAUCAAGCUAGUCAGGUUGCCGUCCCACCCUACUACGUCGCGACUCGAAGUCAGGGUCCGAUCAACUCACACUAGGGGGCUAAUUACCAGCGCCAAGAAUCAUGUCUUUGCUUCAUCCCGCUACGAUCGCAGCACAUGA